AUGGCUCGCCAGCUUCAUCAAUUGAUGCAAACUCUCCCAAUCACGUCUCAACUCGGCCUAGCAGUGAUAACUCUUCUUUUGUGUGCCAUUGCAUUGCUCAUGUGUGCUUCUCAUUCCCGUAAAUGGCAUCAUCGUUGGAUUGCAUGCUAUGGUUUUGCUAAAGAAGGUCCUGUAAUAAAUCUCAACAUUAAUGAACCAACAAUCCUAUCUACUGCUGGGAAUGGUGGUCAUGAAAGCAUGAUGAUUAGCGGUGAGCUCUCAGUGUGGAAGAAGAACAUAAUCAUGGGAGGCAAAUGUCAGCUACCUGAUUUUUCUGGUGUCAUAAUAUACGAUGCAAAUGGGAAUAUAGUUACCCCUGCCACUGCCAGAACUCCACGCCCUUUACUCACUUGGAAGUAA